GGUGCAUUGCCCAGAAAGACGAGUCUUUCGCUGCUCUCAAAGACGACCUUGCCGCUCGGUAUGAGGAGGCUUCACAGCGCUCUCGCGAGGCGUACGAGACCUCGUUGAAAGAGCGAGACCAACAGGUGAACCGACUUUCGAGCACGGACAGCGCCUCUUCGGGUUCGCAUCGGCUGUUGGAACAACAACGCGAACGAAUUUCGUCCUUAGAAGCUCGAGCUAAAGAGGCUGAUGACUUGUUCGACGCGCUCAAGGUGAAACUGUCCACGCAACGUAACGAGUACGAGGCCGAGGUCGGUCGGCUCAAGAUAGUGGUCGCAAAACUUGAAGCGAAGACUCUUUCGAGCGCUGGUGGCCUCCAUGGACCUUCUGGACCUACCUCUCCUGGCGGUGAGGUUCCGGAGAAACCCGAGCUGCAGGCUGAACUUGAGAAAAUGCAACUGUUGUUGACGUCGUUAAAAAUAGAGAAAGACACUCUCUUAUCCUCGAAGGAUGGCAACGAGAAACGGUUGCAAGAUCUUGCGAACAGUUUGUCGGAAGAGAUCAAAGGGUUGAAAGAAACUCACGAAACGCAGCUAACUGCUGCAACGGCCAACUCCGACACGCAACAUCAAUUAAUUGAGACCCUCGAAGACCAACUCCAACAUGCCAACCGCAAGUGGACUGAGACGGCCGCUGCGUUAGAAGAAAUGAAAGAGAAAUGUCCUGCAGAGUCGCAUGAGGAUAUCCUCUCGGUUUCUUCACCGGUCGUUGCGACGGAGGAGGUUGACCGGUUGAAUCAACAGUUUGAGACGGUGCGGGAUGAGCGUGACCAACUCCGCGCCCAAGUUUCUGCCCUCGAGCGGACAGUCUCUUCGGUUAUUUCUCCUCCCCUCCCUGCUGGAGGUCCGGCUGUCGACCGAGAAUCGGAAGUUUUACGAUUGAAGACCGACUUGUUGGAGAGCGCCAAGAGAGAAGGACGGCUAAAGAUCCAACUUAAGGAGCAAGAAGCUGAACAUCGCCGUAGUCUUUCGAAGACGCGAGCGUCUCUUCUGAGUUGCCCUCGGGAGCCUCCAGGACUCGAGAACGAACCUUGCACGACAGAGGCCUCGCCUCCUACGCCUCCACCGAAGAAAGACGACGGUUUGGAUACUCAGUCACUUGUUGGUUCAGCUCCAGGAGGACCGUCGCAUUUUCCGGAUGCCGCCGCACCUUGGGACCGUGCCUCGAAAUCGCGGAUUGCCUCUUCCGGUGCAGCGCCGGACCGGCUCCUCUCUUCCGCUGGCUCCGGUUGGGCGCUGAGUGGUACUGAAGAGCAUCUUGACAAUCGAGAUGGAGAUGGUCCUUGGACGACCGUCGGCCCUCGGCGAGGACUUGCUCCUGCUCCUCCGGCAGCUCGCAAACUCUCUUCCGUGAUGACGGGAAUGGGACAAAACCGGUGGUCGGUUGGACCUGCUUUUCCACAAGGAAGCACUCCUCCUUCGGUUCUCCGAACCUCGGCUGCGCCGGGCGGAUCUGGACAUUCGACUUCGUCGACCCUUGCAUCGCCACCGACUGGUCAGCAACAUGGUCAAGUCAAACAUCUGGUUCCGACACCUCCUGUUCCGGGUGCUUCGGUUGGAUGCGACCCCACCGGAAGUUUUCCGGGGGCUGAUGAACGUCAUGGAGUUUUGCUAAAAGGAGUUGGUGAUGAGUUCCGACGUGCAGCUAAAGAGGCUGCCGCGGCUUCGGCGAAAGAGGCUGUUGAGGCCUUGCUUCCUGCGGUCCAAAUGUUGAACAAGAGGAUCGACUCGAUAACUGACACCGCCUCUGUUGAAACGGGGAGCGGGGUUUCCAAGAAAGAAGACCGACGUGUGGUGCAUGCCCUUAGCCCCGUUCGUGAGACUGACGGGUCGUCUGCGAGUGAUUCUUCGGCCGAUAGUUCUGAUGAGGACCAGCACCGGAGGACAAAGAAGAAGAAGAAUCGCAAAAAUUACUCUAACCGAUUCGGUUGCAAGAUUCCGACAGGACAUAAACCACUUCCACCACCUCCUGACGGCUGCUCUGAUUUUCCGACAGCCCAUUUGCCUCAUUUCGGGACAAAAGAUGAGAACAACCUGUCUCGCCGAGAGAAGCGAGAAGAGCGCGCUGUUCUUCUGGAUCGCACCCGUGUUGGUGGUACAGGUGGAGAUGCGGUCGAUGGCAGCCACUCGUUGCCGGUACCGGCUGCUGGAUCUCACUGUUCGGAUGAAACGGAACUCAGCCCUUUGAAACCUUACGUUGACCCGUUCCGUGGGUUCGAAGCCCGUCUCUGGACCCGAUUGCAGUCUGCCUCACGGCACGGGCGCAGCAACACAGGAGAGCAGGCCUCUCAGUACGACCGAGCUCGCAACGAGAUCCGCUACCUUGCUAAGAUUCGGGACCGCCCCAACCUGUCCGACCCGCAGAAAUUCUGUGGAGGAGUUGACUCUCCGCACCUGGAGACGCUUACUUGUGGUCGUGCUAUCCCGGUUAAGGAGGACACAGGCAGUGGGUCUGCCCCCAAUAGCACUUCCGAUAUGAAUCUCCUUUCAUCGCCCGCUUACUGCGUCGUCCGACCUGAGUCUUCCGCUGAGUGGGAUCGUCGGCGAGUAGCGUGCGUCGAGUCUGACUUGCCUCGCCGGUGGCCUCGAGGCUAUUGCUUGGCCUCGCUUCUCGGUGAAGCUUACACAGCCAGCUUCGAGGAGAACUUUUUGCGGAUGACGAGCGGUGCUGCAGCUACGGCACCUCCGCCGUUUGAGCAAAUUCAUGUCACUGCUACGUCUGAUAGCUGGGGAAAACACCAAUUGUACCUCGACCAGCUCCUCGAGAGGAUCCGAUUUUAUAGAUCACACAAUUUUCGGCUUGGGCUGAUCUCACAUUUGAAAUGCGACUCUCAAGAAGCCAAGUUUGCGUAUACGGAAGCCAUCCGGGUGAUUCCCUUUAACGACACGACCCUCGAGCAGUAUCUCGUCUUCGAGAUGGUGCUGGCGACCCGGUCCUUCAUCCAAUAUGACGUUCUCUUGCAAGAAAUCCAGCAGGAGUUCUAUUUCGAGCUGGACACGCAAAAGAUGAUGGCCCGUACUGCAAUGGGCGAGUGGGCUGAUCAUUAUACACAGACUGAGAAGAAACUUCGCAAUGUUGGCUACUUUUCGCGCGAUUACCGGUACGGCAGCAACAUUUUCGAAGCUCGUUCCGCCGUUUUCCAACCGGGGUUCAUCGUCAAUUUGGUUUCGCGCACUGUCCAGGCUUCCACGGAUGGUUGUUUGAAAACGGAGGGGUCCCUUCCGUCUGGCGGAUUCGUCGCGCCGGAUUUACAUGAAGAAGUCCAUAGCCUUUCGAUGAGCCGGGUUGUUCAGUGGUGCGUUAAUAUUGCUGCUGUCACUCGCACAAUGGGACUGGCUACGCACUACCUGCCGCCUAAAGGGCGAAAAGAUCGGUUGUUCCGGGGUGUGGAAACUGGCGAUCCAGAUGGUGUCUUCGAUGAGCCUAUCUGCCCGUUCAAUCGCAUCAACCCUCAUGUUCACGGUUGGAAAGGGACGUCCCUCGACUUGCUCUGUACCGAAGUGUCUGCUAAGGAGGCGGUCCUUUCGUUUCAGCUGCGGUUUGGUACUGAUUACGCUGCUGCUAAGAUAGCAGGUGCGUCUGACGUCGAUAUCCAUGCGAUGUCGCUGGCGUCGGUAGACUCGGAAACGGAUUACCUUUUCAUACAACGCAUUGUGGAAACCCACCGUAGUGAGCUUGCUGCGAAAGGUAACGCGAAAGGGGUUCCGAAAGGAAAAGGGAAUAGCAAAGGUGCAAAAGGCGGCAAGCGUGGUCUGCCGCGCGAGUCUCCGAACGGGGUCGCAAAGGGCAGUGCAGAAAACCGCAAUCGUGCUUCUGCCCGACCGAGGCCGCCGGUUUCCCGUUGUGGUUCCACGUUGCACUCGUCGGCCGAUCACGACACUUCGGACGCCCUUUCUGGAUUUGGUCGAGCAGCGGGGACGGCUACGUUGUAUCAGGACCGCCAAUGCCCGGAUUGUAAAAUCUCGCAUUCAUAUUGGGUCCUCUCGUUUUCGGGUAGUGGUGGCGUCCAGUCUCUUUGUCCUACCGCGAUUCAUCUGUUGCGGGCGCGUCACAACUCAAAACAUAACGGGAGCAAUCUUUCGUGUGCGCGCAUUGCGGGUACCAGCUGCCCUGGGGAUGGUCUUGUUGUGCGUGCUGCGACUGUCGCGGCGGCUGGCGGAGCGAAAGCUUGGUUAGACGAAAGGCGCAACGAAACAGUAAAGCAAAUCCUUCAAGAGAUCCAGCUUUACAACAUAGCUCUCGAGCUUGCAAUGAAGGCCGCGUCUUCGCCGAAUGUCGAAGGGUUGAAAGAACUUUGUGGGCCCGAAGACGGUGCUUCCGGGUUCGAGUGGUUGUUGUUCUAUGUCAUUGACUCCUACGGUGGAUGGGACGACCCAACGGUGCCUGCGGCGCCUGCUAACCUCGCGGCAGCAGCCGCUCUUUACUACGGUUACUCUCCACUGCAGUAUUUUCCACAAGCAACAGAUUCUGGACCUGCGUUCUCGCGUUCUGCGCCCGCAGGACAGGAAGGUCUGGUAGGGUCUGUGCCCCCAGAGACGUCUUGGUACCCGGGCGAGUCUGCCUGUCAGCCGUACUCGUUGUCUUAUUCGGCCGACCUAUCUCAGGCAGAAGAACCGACAGGAACGGGACCUGUUUUCCAACUUGGAUCCGGUUCUUGUUACUCUUCGGUUUCUGGAGCUCAGCAUUUUGGCGUCCAUGUCCCUGCACCGAUCGCAACGCCCGAAAUCCCAAGUGCUCCUCUAAGCGGACUUGCCCCUAGCGAAGAGCCAGUAGGAGACGCGAUUGCUCGCUACCUCGGAACCGGUUACCUUUCGUACCAGGGCGGAUGUCCGACACUCGAUCCUGCGCGUAAUACUCCACUUGACCCAACGAGUCCGCCGGUAGUACUUGCAGCUCAUUUGGGCCUUGUGAGUCCGCCGUCCCAAAUCCAGGAACUCGAAGAAAGACAACCUCCACUACCUCCCUUGCAGAAUACCCGGUUGGGCGACGUUGUUCAGGUCGAUGGGAUUGGUACUUUCACGGUGCCUCCUGGCGGACCAAAUGAUUAUAUGAAUGGUCUCAGUCUCUCUGAAGACAAUCCCGUUAUCGCGACUGUGCAAGCCGGUUCGGUGCUGUUAUACCGCCCUUUCCUUUCGGAGGAGUUUCUUGCCGAAACGGUUGGUCCGGAAAUUGGUAAUGAGCAACUUGGUGAAGACACCCCGUUCCCUGAGUUACCUCCGUUUCCAUCGGCAAGCGACCGGGUCGAAGACAACUUAUUCGACCUUCCACUUAGCGACCAUUCUGGCGCUGGAGCGGACAUCGACGCGGUUGAAACAGAUCUUGUGUCUAGAUCCCUUGCUGUUCGAGUCGUCGCUGCGCGAAGGGUUCGCCGGGCUCGCGACAAUUUCCGGGUGUCGCUUGCAGCGACAGAAACAGCAGAUGAGCUGGUCCAACGACAGGUUGCCCCACAGGACGUCGCGUAUUGUAUUUCGCUCCUUGGCUCUGUCUUGCCGGCGGUCACCGAUGAGGAUGGUUUCCGAG